ACGUCACUUCCGUUGUGUUGGAAGUUGCGGAGAAUCGAGUCUUGGGGGCUGGUGUGGUUUGACAGCGACGGGUCCGGAGUUGUGGACAGGUGGAGGGGUGAGCUUUUGUGUUUUUGUCCAUCCUUCCCGUAGAUAUCCGGUAUGGAGCUGGCAUUGGACUUGGGUGACCAGGAGCUGCUGGACUUCCUGCUAGAAGAAAGCGGAGAUUUGGGGGCAGAGCAGCCGCUUUCCGAGGCACUGAAUGAAUGGGAGGUAGAGGAUUUCCUGAUCUCCCUGCUGAGUCCCCCAACGUCGUUGAACGUUUUCAGCUCCUCUGAUUCCUGUCUUGUCCACCAUGAUCACACCUACUCUCUCCCACAGCAACAUGUCUCUAUAGAUGUAGAUGGUGGGAAGUAUGGAAAAGAGGGGGCCCAGACGACUCCACUCCAUGUGGAGGAGCCGGCGGAACAGGGGAUUGCUAGGCUGAUACCGACAGAUGAGGAGAAGAGGCUGUUGGAGAAGGAGGGGCUUACUCUGCCUGGGACACUUCCUCUUACUAAGAUGGAGGAACAAAUUUUGACACGAGUGCGGAGGAAGAUUAGAAACAAAAAGUCUGCUCAAGAGAGCCGCAGGAAGAAGCGGCUGUAUAUGGGAGGCUUAGAAAGCAGAGUCUUGAAAUAUACAGCCCAGAAUCUGGAGCUACAGAACAAAGUACAGCUCCUGGAGGAACAGAAUUCGUCCCUUCUGGACCAGCUGAGGAGACUCCAGGCCAUGGUGAUUCAGAUAUCCAACAAAACCAGCAGCAGCAGCACCUGUGUCUUGGUCCUACUUUUUUCCUUCUGUCUCCUCGUCCUACCUGCUAUGUACUCCUCUGACACAAGGGGGAGCCUGCCAGCUGAGCAUGGAGGUGAGAGGCUUGAGGAUGCCAUUAAAGAAGGGCUGGGGGAAAGCCUGGCCUGCCCUUUUAGAGUCUUUGUUUCCUUAGUGUUGUCCCGCCAGCUUCGUGCCCUCUCCAGCGAGGACCCUCACCAGCUGGAGCUGCCUGCCCAGCAGUCAGAGGUACCAAAGGACAGCUCAGACCAGGAGCUCCAGGCUCUCGGCAACUCUUGCUGUCUGCUGAGACAGAUGCCUCAGGCUCCUGGUGCCGAGCCUGCCUUGACAUUGCCACUUCCUGUCCCCUCCCCAAAGUCCCCCUGCUCAGGUCCAGUCCUUCCCCUGCCCGCAAACUUCACAAGAGAAGGGGAAUGGCUCCCUACUCACAGCCCCACAUCUGUUAUCUUACAGGGCAGAUAUUCAGGCUAGAUGUGAGGAUAUGGGGGGGGAGGGAGGGGGGGCUAAGCCAGAGCCCAGAGUUCCUAGUCUGUGUCCAAAUGAAAGGAAUGGGAGAGGGCUAGCCUGAGCCCCUGUGUCCUGUCAGGAAGCCUGGGAGUUCAAACACAUCACACUUCACUGGCUUUCUGGGUCUUUUAUUUGUACCCAUGUAUGUCUGCCACCCCAUGAAUGGGCCUGGGGGAGUCAACUAACCUCCUCAAUCAUUUCAUGCAGUGAGGGGAUUGGGUGAGGGAAGAAAUAAAUAAGUGAUUCUGA